GGCAGGGAGCGGAUCAGCGGCGGCGCAUAGGACGUGUAUGAUACAGAAAGUGUUGGAAGGACCUUUAUAUGAGAAACCAAACUAAGCUGGACAAGACGCAAUAAGCAGUAGAAAAGCAUAAUCUGUGAUCAUGACGACCGAAGUUGGCUCAGAAGCUGAAGUAAAGAAAGAAGCCGAGAAGCUGGAGCCAGACACCGCCAAGGGAAAGCCUGAGGAGGCCUUGGAGAGUCUAGAAAAUCAAAAAACCGAAGAAACAGAAGAGACACAAGAUUCUUCCUCUUCCCCAGUACCAACUAGCCAAAGCAGCCCAACUAGCCGGAAGGAGAGAGAUCCGUCUGAAGGCAAGGGUAUUUCUCGCUUCCUCCCCCCAUGGCUUAAGAAACAGAAAUCCUAUAGCUUGGCAGAGCCCAAAGAUGAAGCUAAGAAAAAGGCUGAGGGUGAUGAACAUGUUGAAGAAUGUGAAUGUGAGCUUCCAGAGGAGGUGGCUGAGCUGAAGGGAGAAGCAGCAGCUGAGAACCAUCAGGCUAAGACAGAUGACAAAGAGGAAGAAAAGCACUCUGUUAGUAGUGCUGAGACCCAGCCAGCUAAGGAAGACAGUAAAGAGAUUGAAGUAGAAAAGGUUACAGAAGAACCAGAAGAAAAGCUAGAAGAAGAAACAAGAAAAAGGGAGACCAAAGAGGUACAGACAGCUGAAAUCAAAAUGGAGAAAGCUCCUCAAAAAGCUCCUAAGAAGAUUAAAACUGUACAGUGUAAAGUGAUGCUCCUGGAUGGCACAGAAUACAGCUGUGACCUAGAGAAACGAGCUAAGGGGCAGGUGCUAUUUGACAGGGUGUGUGAACAUCUCAAUUUAUUGGAAAAGGACUAUUUUGGCCUGCUGUUUUAUGAGAACUCAGAUCAGAAGAACUGGUUAGACUCAUCAAAGGAAAUCAAGAGGCAAAUUCGAAAUUUGCCUUGGCUAUUCACGUUUCAUGUAAAGUUUUAUCCUCCUGACCCUUCUCAGUUGACAGAAGACAUUACCAGAUAUUUCUUGUGCUUACAGCUUCGUCAGGAUAUUGUUUCUGGCCGACUGCCGUGUUCGUUUGUGACUCAUGCCCUCCUUGGUUCAUAUACCCUGCAGGCCGAGCUAGGUGAUUAUGAUCCAGAGGAGCAUAACAGUGAUUACAUCAGUGAAUUUCAGUUUGCCCCCAAUCAAACAAAAGAGAUGGAGGACAAAGUAGUUGAACUGCACAAGACACAUAGGGGCUUGACUCCAGCACAAGCAGAUUCUCAGUUCCUAGAAAAUGCCAAGAGACUUUCUAUGUAUGGAGUGGAUUUACAUCAUGCCAAGGAUUCUGAAGGUGUGGAUAUCAUGCUGGGGGUAUGUGCUAAUGGUCUACUCAUUUACAAGGACAGACUUAGAAUCAAUCGUUUUGCUUGGCCCAAAAUUUUGAAAAUCUCCUAUAAACGCAGCAACUUCUAUAUCAAAGUCAGGCCAGCUGAGUUGGAACAAUUUGAGAGCACUAUUGGGUUCAAACUGCCAAACCAUCGGGCUGCUAAAAGGUUAUGGAAGGUUUGUGUGGAGCACCAUACUUUCUUCAGACUGAUAUCACCAGAACAGCCUGUGAAGGCAAAGUUCCUGACCUUGGGUUCCAAGUUCCGUUACAGCGGUCGCACGCAAGCACAGACACGGCAAGCUAGCAACCUUAUAGAUAGACCAGCCCCAUAUUUUGAGCGUACCUCAAGCAAACGUAUCUCCAGGAGUCUUGAUGGGGCUCCCGUAGGUAUUACAGACCAAAGUCUGCUAAGGGACUUCUCUGCUACCGCAGCAGGUGAUGAAGCUGCUGUCCUAGCCAAAUUAAAAAACGGGGAAAGUAGAGAAGAGGAUGGAAGCCCAAUUAAAUCCCCACCAUUGGAACUAACCCAGGAUGGAAAGAACAAUUCCUUGAAAGUAGACGGGGAAAAUAUUUAUGUCAGACAUAGCAAUUUAAUGUUGGAGGACCUGGAUAAGACCCAGGACGACUUACUGAAACAUCAGGCUAGCAUUAGUGAACUCAAGCGCAAUUUCAUGGAAUCCACACCUGAGCCACGCCCCAGUGAAUGGGAAAAGCGGCGUAUCACACCUCUGUCUCUACAGACACAAGGGCAAAAAGGAGACCACAUUUUCCAAGGGGAAAUACUGCCUAUAAAGGAGAAGCAAUGGACUGCAGCAACAGGGAUUACUGAAGCAAAACCAGAGGAAACAGACAAGAUUUUUGUAUUCGCAUCACAGUUAUGCAACUACUGCAGCCAUCCCUGGAUCUAUGUUGCUGGGAAAAUGGUUCAUUCCUCAUGAUGCCUAAAUCUGGCUGUUUCAUGUCUCUGCCACUUCCUUUCCAUCUGUAGAAUGGGGAACAUUUUUACCACCUUUGUAAAAUGCUCUAGGAUGUAAUGUCAAAAAGCACCAUAUAAAGUCUGGGUUGUGGUUUUUAUGAUGGUUGCAUUAAAACACUUGCAGUGUUGUUUAGCUGGAAAAAAAGUCAAAGGUAAUUUAAUCAACAUCUCAAAUCAAAAUACAUUGCAAAAAAAGCUGUAAACUUUGUUUUGAUCAUUGGCAGUGCAUAAAUAUUUGGAUUUGUUGCCAUUGCUGUUAAUUGGGGGGGAGGAGGGGAUAUUUCUAUUUUGCUGCUAAUAGCAGCAUCUGAUUUGAAAGGUAAUAAAUAGCACUUUUUGGAUAGAUGAAUGAAGUGUUGAAGAGGAAGGGAAGAACCCCUUUUAGUAGUACAGGUGCCUAGUAAAUGCUAACUUUUAUUAUUGAGAUGGCAGUUUAAAAUUUACAUUAAUUUAUACAUGUGUGUGUAUAUAGCACUCACACACUCUAUAGCUGUUCAUCCAUGGAGAGCCCUGUAAUUUCCUCUCCCUGCCUGCUCCAAUGAACAUAAAUACUGAUUAAUUUUAUUCCCUUAGUAUGAGACACAUUUCCAUUGGGUCAACACCUUUUGUACUGCUAUACCUUUAAAUGCGCAGCAUCUGUGACUUAAUAUUUCUGAUAGAAAACCUGCAAUUAUAGGCAUUUUUUUACAGUUUUGGAUAUCCAGCAUCAUUUAUAAUCACUCCUUUAAGCAAAAAACAAACAAACAAAGGUAACCCCCCCCCAACAAACCUAAAAUGCAGAUGUUUUAAAACAUUUAUUUCAUUUUGGUUUUUGAAUGAGGAAUGAAUGAAUGUCCAAAAAAGGAUUAGGACAAAUUUAACAAACUUCCAUCUAAAUCAGAUAUGUCCCAGGUACCUUGAAGAUGCUUUGUUUUUCUGUUAUAACAAUAUUCAGGGGUCUUUGUUCUCCUCCUCUUCUUUCCUUUCACUUUCAUUCCAUGCAUGUAGUGUGUGUGUGUAUAUAUGUGUACUACGUAUGUAUACGCAGUACUGUGUAUGUGUUUAGGUUCUAUACCACAAGUCUACAAUAAGUCCAUAUUUAAUAAAGUAUUUACAUAACUUUUUAGCUUGGCCCAAAAUGUACUUUUGCCCUAAGAUGUACUUUGGGGUGAUAUGUGGCUUGUAAGUCCCUAAAACAGACAGGCAUAUCUUUUAGUCGAUAGCUACAACAUUUGUUCAGUUUCUACAUUACAUCAGGAUAAAAUAUUAAUUAUGUUAUUGGUUUUAUAUUUUUAAGUAUGUUUAACCUUUAACAUGAUAAAAGAACUUCUGGCAUUCCUUGGGGAAAAACUGAAACAAUUGAUUAUUUUAGCUUUUGGUGAUGGCAGUGAUCAUUUUAAAUAAAGCUCAUGAUUUCUGUUAUCCGUGAUAAAACAGAUUCAUAGUAGUUUGGGGUAUAGAACUAUAGAUAUUUAAGUCGGUUUGUAAGUAUAUGUAUAUACAUGUUUGCCUAAUAGAAUGGAACAGUUUUAAUGUUUUUAAUGCUGAAUUCUUAGAUCAAUGCAUGUUUUGAUUUCCCCUUAAAGUAUUUAUUUAAAAAACAAACCAGAUGUAUAAAGUUAAGCUGGCAAAAAUCUGUUUAAUAUCAUGGACACAUGCCAACUUAGAGCGGGAAAGGAGUAUUCAGGUAUGUCUAGCCCUCUAUUUGUAGUUAAUGCUGUGAGGGAAGACUGGGAAAAUUCAAGAAUUAAUUUAAAGAAGAAAUACUCCUAGCAUUGAAUCUGGAAUUAUAUCUGUUAGUAAACUCUUACCCUUGCAUUAAGAGGUAUGGGAAGGUUUUGUUGAAUCCUUCCAUUUAACACUUCAUAUCUUUACAUUCUGAAAUAAUGUGUAAAAGCAAUAGAGUUGUGGGUACCUAGUAUCUUAGCAUGGUAAAAUAUUGUGAUUGUGAUAGACGACACAUUUCUGUCACUAGGUCUUACUGUAUUAUCACAUUUUUCUGUUUAAAGGCACAGUUUGAUUUUGAUCUUGUAUAAUUCUUUCAGAAAUAUAUUCUUUUUGUUGUCCUGUUUGUUUCUUUUCUUGCUUAACCUCUCCUUUCUUUUGUAGGUCACUGCUGUUUUGUCUUCUACUGUUUUAAUUCUUUGCUUUCCAUUUUCUAACUUGUCUAGAGCCUAGAAGAAGAAAUAACAUCAAUUUUAUUUAGUAAAGAGGGCUUUUCCACUAGCGUGAAAUCUACCUUCUCUUCAGCCACGAUAUGGACACCAGAGGGCACUGUUGUGAAAGAUAAUGUACCUUC